GGAACUGGCGUCCUUAGUGUGGUGUCAUUUGUAGGUUAAAUAGGAUAAAUGACGGCUAAACACUUUAAUAUAAAUAACGUUGCCGACUUCGUUGCCGACUUCAUUUUGUCCUUUAUAUGUCACCGACGUUAACUUAUAACGCAAAUUUCAAAAGCUAUGUCUUCGACCGAUAUUAACCCAAUCAUACCAGGCUUCGCCCCGGAUCCAUCUAUCGUUCUGGUUGAUGACACUUUUUUCCUCGUUAAUUCCAGUUUUCAUAUGUUCCCAGGCCUACCAAUUUAUACCUCUAAAGAUCUCACCUCAUGGAAACAUAUUGGAAAUGCCAUCAACAGACAGAGUCAGCUCAGCCUGACAGUAUCACGCACUAGGCUGUGUCCACGAGAUGAACAUGGCGAUGUAAUGCUCUCAAAUGGUGGACUCUACGCCCCAACGAUCCGCUACCAAAAUGGCACAUUUUAUAUUGUAUGCACCAACAUCAUUCAUGACUGCAGCUCAGAUGAUGGUAAACCUGAAAACUUCAUCGUCUCAUCGAGUAAUAUCUGGUCCAAUGAAUGGAGCGAUGCGAUCUAUUUCGAUUUCAACGGCAUUGAUCCUAGCAUCUUCUUCGAUGACAAUAGACGUGCCUAUAUCCAAGGAUCUGCUGGUCCGGGUCCCAUGACCAAAAUCCACUUGUUCGAGAUUGAUCUUAAGACCGGAAAGAAGCUGUCGGAGGAGAAGAAGAUAUGGGAUGGUACUGGAGGGAUUUAUCCCGAAGGUCCUCAUAUUUACAAGAAAGACGGGUUGUAUUAUCUUGUGAUUUCUGAAGGCGGAACGUACGAGGACCACAUGAUUACUGUUGCGAGAUCGAAGGAUAUCUGGGGCCCUUACGAACAAUUUGAGAAUAAUCCUAUCUUGACGGCAAGAGGGACUGACGAGUAUAUUCAAUAUACUGGGCAUUCUGACAUGUUUCAGGACCCGCAGGGACGGUGGUGGGCCGUUUGCCUCGGGGUCAGGAAAGACGAAAGCCGAUUAAUUAUGGGAAGAGAGACAUUCAUUACGACGGGGGAGUGGCCUGAAGGGCAGUGGCCGAGUUUGAAUCUGGUCAAAUCAAAUCCCAAGUUCCCAGGUGGAACAGAAGUUGUGCGUGCAGAAGGCACCUUGCCUCUCACAGCGGAGUUAAUGGUGGACUACCUUUACAUCCGCGACGCAGUUUUGGGUGACCAUAGAUUCUCGAAUGGCGGCAAAACAAUCACCCUUACAGCCAGCCAGGCCGACAUGUCGCAAUGGGAAAAGCCAGUCACCUUUGUGGGGAAACGUCAAAGGCUCCUUAAAGGCAAUGCAAUGGUGACGAUGCAUAAACCUCUCAUUUCAAGUGGUGCCCAUCUCAUGGCAGGUAUCGCAUACUACAAGGACGAGCAUCGCUACAUGAAGCUAUUCUACGACUACUCCGCCUCUGAAAUGGUUUUCGAGGUUGUGAAUAAUGCCAAAAAAAUCUCGCGGACCGUUAGGCAUGACGUUCAACUGGGAAGUGUGGUUGCCUUGCGCAUCGAGUAUACUGAGAGGUCCUUUCAACUCUCGUAUAGAAAUGGACCGGACUCAGCCGCAUGGAUCGGCUUUGAUGGCUUGGAUACACUAGAGAUGUCGGGUCAUGAUUUUGUUGGCCCUGUCAUCGGCAUAUUUGCGAUAGCUACGGCGCAGGAUGCGCAUGUCCAGUUUGAUGAUUUAGAGAUAGACGGAUAGGCUGCUAGUAUAGUAAAACCAGGCCAGGGAGCUGGGAACUGCUCGUGUGGAUAGAUGCUUGCGAGCAUGGGGGUGUCGUUGCCGUACUCGUCUUGUGCAUGACGAGACAGUUAAGUCACCGCCGUUGCUAUGAGAAAAUGCAGGAAG